AUGAAUGAUACAUUGUCUCAAAAUCCUAGUUUCAUGGAGGAGGCAAAUAAUUCUUUUCAAACGACACAAACUAUACAAACCUCAUCGUUAGGAACUAAAAUAAAUCUAAUUGCUUACUGUUAUAUUUUACCAGCUAUAUGUGCUUUUGGCAUAAUUGGAAAUAUUAUGAAUCUCAUAACAUUAGCCUCAAAACGUCUUAAGGCAGUAUCAUAUAUGUAUCUAAAAGCCUUAGCAAUUGCAGAUCUCCUAUGUAUGCUUUUUGUCCUUUUUUUUGUAUCAUGUGAAAUUUUAACACAAUUAGGAUAUUCAUUUAACAAAAAAUAUUCAUACGGUUUCUAUCAAGCCCAUCUUAUGCUUCCAUUAAUUAAUUGGGCUUUAGCAACGGGUGUCUACAUUGUUGUAGCAUUAUCAAUAGAACGUUUUAUGUCAAUUGUCUUUCCAUUAAAAUUUAGAACAUGGAAUUCUCCAACAAGAGCUAUUAAAGUAAUUAUUAUAGCAUAUAUUUCUCCUGCCAUAAUAUAUUUACCAUAUGCCUUUGGUAGAUAUAGUGUUGGUAGUAAGACAACAGAAGAUGGACAAGUUGUCUAUAUGCCAAUUGAUAGUGAUAUUUCUCAAACAUUUGAGUGGCAGAUUUAUAAAUGGACUAGAGAAGGACUUUUAAGAUUUGUACCAAUUAUAGCACUUUCAAUUUUAAAUGGUAAAAUUAUGUUUGCAUUUAAAAAAAGGCAAAAAAUGUUUAAUAGAUUAACAAAAAAACAAGGACAAAAUGCUAGUAAAGAUGAAAAUCUCCUAUAUCUUCUUGGAGGUAUUGUUGUUAUGUUUUUUAUUUGUAACAUACCAGCUGCCGUUAAUUUAGUCUUUAUUAAUGAAACUGUUAAAAAAAGAGUAGAUUACCAAUUAUUUAGAGCUGUAGCAAAUAUUCUUGAAAUAACAAAUCAUGCCUCACAAUUUUAUAUUUUUUGUACAUGUUCUUCUAAUUAUAGGGUUACCUUUUUAAGAAAAUUUCCAUGUUUUAAGGGAUAUACAAGAAAUCGUGAAAAAUUACGAACAUAUUUAAGAAGAACCCCAACUAAUAAAAGCUUACUAUCAUGUAAAGAUUCAGUUUCUGCUAUUAUGGUUUCAGAAAAAAAUGCUAUUCUAAAGCAUAAUAAAAAAGAUUUUGACACUGAUAAAAUUGAUCUUUCUGUUACCAAUUCAGGUAAUAUUGCUCCUAUUGAGCUGGUAAAUUUUAAUGAAAUGAUCUCAAAGCAUGAUGAUCGCAAAAAUUUAUUUAAAAAAAAUGGAGUAAUUAUGACUUCUGAAUCGGUAUUACAGGGUAAUGUACAAAUAAAUAAUUCAAAAGAACCUAAUGCACAAAUGGGAACAAAUAUAAAGUGUCGUCUAGCAAUACUGGAUGACUGUAUUCUAAGUGAUGAUAGUAGUCAAUAUUCAUUAAAUAGUGACAAAGAUUCAUUGAAAAAAGACAAUAAUGUACAUGAAAUGUCUAAUGUAUAUUUAUAA